AUGACGCAGCCGAUGAAGAAGAUGAGGGACAACACCAGCGCUGCCACUUCGAAAUCUGCAUCGAAGAAGUCCAGCGGCGCGACGGCGAAGAAGGCCAAGGGACCCUCCAGUGGCGGCAGAGCGUCGCCAUCUUCAACGAAAGCGAAGGAAUCGAACAAGAUCGGAGCUAAAAAGAACAAGACGAGGCCUACGGCGCUGGUAACGCUGGAGGAGUUGGAUGGGGAGGGCGAAGAUGAGGAUGGAGAUGGAGAAGGGGCGGAGCUUGAUGAGCUGCUUCAUAUGAACGUCGAAGAUGAGGAGCCGGGCGACGAAGAUGCAGCUGAGGGAAGUAGUGGAGACGAGGAUAUGCAGUGGGUGGUGCUGAAGAAGCCGCCCCCUGCGGCCAAGAAGAGGAAGCUUCACGUUCAUUUCGCGGAUGCCGAAGAAGAUGACGACGACCUCUUCGCCCCAACCAAAGCCAAGAGGAAAGCGGCAAAGAGUCAGAAGACGAGCAAGGCCUCGCCCAAGGGCAAGAAGGGUGCGCCAGCAGCAGCAGCGACCAAGGGCAAGUCCACCAAGGCGACCGACAGCAAGCCCAAGAAGAUAGAUAAGCACAACUCCGACGAGGUCGCGCCCAGUGAAGACGACGAACCGGGAGGGUUGGUGAUCAAUGAUGAUGACGAUGAACAGGAAGAGGAAGAAAGCAAAGCGAGGAAGAAUAAGAAUGGCGGACGAAAGAACGACGACGACAGCGAAGAAGAAGAGGGCGUGCUGAGGCUGAUCGCAGCCUUGGACAAGAAGAAGCAGAAGCGAGGCGAAAAGGCACCCGCCGCGCAGCAGCCGGCCGACGAGGAGAACGAAGGUCUCGGGCGCGGCAAGCGAAAACGAAAGGUGCGCAAGCUGUCGUCCGAUGAAGAAAACGAAGAGGAGGACGGCGAGGCGAGCGAGGACACGACGCCGCGAAAGCGAAAGCGUGGGGCCGCGGCCAAGGGCGGAAAGGGGAAGGCUGCAGUGGUGGCCAAGACCAGAACUUCGCCGCGGACGAGCGCAGCGGCCAAGGCCAAGCCAGCGCCGGCGAAAGCGAAGCCCGCUGCCGCGAAAGAGACGCCGACGACCAGAAGAACGAAAGCGGCGGCGAAAGCCAAGCCGGGCGGCCCCCCGGUGGGCGAAACCGAGGCCGAGGGCGCAGCUGCCUUGAUGGGCCUCGCCCAGAGCCUCUUCCUGCUCAGCAGCCAAGGAGCCACCUCGCCCUCCGCAUCGUCCCCACAAUCUGGAGUGAAAAUGGAGAUCAACGAUCAGGCGUCGGAUCUGCUGGCCCUCGAGCAGGCCAGGCUCGCGGACGAGGAGGCCGAGCGGCUCGAGGCCGAAGGCGAGCUCCUGCCGCCUCCGCUCUUCCCCUCGGCGCUGGUCACCCACACCACGGCCGAGCUCACCGGCCUCACCAAGAAGACCACCGGCGAAGCCCCCGCCGCCUCCUCGCAGAAGCCGCCCGAGUUCCUGCGGUGGAAGAAGCCGGGCGUGCACGUGGCGCUGGCCUAUCACAUUUACUACCGCCAGCAACACGCGACGCUCUCGACGCUAUCCAAGCCCAACGCGCUGUAUGCGCAGAAGCACCUGCUGCCGCUCUCGCUCGAUCCGACACUGCCCGCGCGAACCGUGAGGCGACGGGCCGCGCUCAUCAGCAAGCGCAAGGCCGCCUUUGAGAAGGCCAAAGCCAAGGCCAGACCCGCCACCUCAUCCGCCACCUUAACUUCCUCCUCCUCUACGACCACCACUUCGUCGUCAUCGACCACGCCAGCCGCUGCCACGUCAUCACUGGCCGCUGCCCUGUCAUCAUCGGCGGCCGCCUCGUCAUCCGCCGGCACAACGUGGACCACGCCCUCGUCCUUCGCCGCCCAGUCGCACCAGGUCCCGCCCGCGGUGGUCUCCGCCGCUGCCGCCGCCGCCGCCGCCGUCGCUGCCGCCUCCUCGCCCAACUCUGCCGCAGCCGUCAGUAAGCCGACGGUGGCGCGCCCGCCGGCGACGCCGGUCCAGCCCGGCCCGGCCCUGUUCCUGGCCUCGUCGCCGCUGGGCAUCCAGGGCAUCGGAGCCCAGUCCUUCUCGGCGCCGCCACCCGGCGCGGCGCACCCGCCCGGCAGCAGCGGGCAGCAGUCGGCGGGCGGCGCCGCUGGCGCGUCCACCAAGCCGGCGCGGCCCAAGACGAUCCAGUUCACCUCCAUGAACCCCAUUGCCUCCACCGCCUCCCCGCAACCGCCCAGGCCUGCGUCGGCGGCGGUGGCGAGCAGUGGGUCGGCGGCGGCGAGGCAGCUGCAGGAGACCAACGGCGGUGCGAGCAGGAGCAGCUCGCCGGGCGGAGGGGCCAUUCCCGGCCAGCCCACGACGAGCGUGGUCAAGGAGGCUCGCUUCACUCACGUCGUCAUCCACCACCCCAACGGCGCUCCGCCUCCCCCGCCUUCUUCACGGCCGACAAAGAUCAUCUUCCAGGAGCCUUCAACGCAGGCGUCGAUGCAGCAGAAGCUCGUCUACGCGCCGGCGUCGCCGCCCAAGAGCAGCAGCAGCAGCAGCAGCAAGAGCGAAGAGACCCCGCGCCCGGCCGUCGCCAGCAGGCCAUCGGCAGCUGCCAAGGAGCCAUAA